CUAAGGGGAGGGGUGGAUAUUUGGAAAACAGCUGUUCGGUGGACAUGUUUAUCGCGCCGCGGCUGCCCGGGGGAUGCGUACUGGUUCCUUCCCGUCGUCGUCGUCGUCGUCGACUCGCGAGAUAACGCGGCGGGAAUAAGAUGUGAUCGCGGGAUGCGGGACACGGAUCGCGACGGUCGUCACGAGAGCGCGUUCGGUGCCGCGAGAGACGUGGACGGCUACGCCACGGGUUAUGUUUUGACGGUCCGCGCGUAAAACGGGAUCAUGGCACAGUGUAAGUUAACCCCUCGGGAGUUCAUCGGCAAUGCUUUCUCCCCACAGAUCGCCGUAGUCUGCUCCACCGCGGCUGAUGCCGCCUGCCAAAAGAAUAAUCUGUCGUUCGUCGAGCUGCUUCAACCCUUUUGCAAAUUAAAUACCGAAGGUCAUUUUAAAGAUCCUCAAGGGAACACUGUAACGAUUAGGAAUCUUCGGCUUUCCAUACAAGAUAUCAAUGCGCGUCCACCGGAACCGAGUCUUGCCAAGAAAAUGUUGAACGAAGCAGUCAGUUCUACUUUGUGCGAACGCACAACCACGGUUCGCAUUGGCUUCACUGAAUUAGACGUUCCCAUUUCUGUACCAUGGUUCGAAGCAUGGAGAGAGACGUUUCUGAGCGUCCAGUUUCCAUCGGAUCAUGAGUUUACAAAGCACUUGCUUGCGUGUAUGAUAGUUGUUUCUACAACGGAGGACAGUCCGUUAGAAAAAAUUCAGAGUAUGGGAGCGCAGUUGCAUCAAAAUGUGUCGGGAAAAUUACCUAAGUGGUUCAAUAAUAACGCUCUUAGGUAUUACAUCUUGGUUCAUGAUGCUAUUCAGGAUGAUAGAAAUAAAGCGGAAAUAGUUUUUACAGAGAUGAAGACUAUUUAUGGUGCUAACAAUUGUUUUCUAUUACAAAUGAAUUCAAGACCGCCAGGUCUUUCCGACGACAAUACGCACUUGCCUGAUCCAUGGAGUCAGUUUUUGACAAGACAUUCAGAAUUGUCUGGUAACAGUGAACAAAAUAGCUCGCCUCGUACACCCGCGGAUACAGGUGGAGUAUCAGCCAUGCCAAGCGAGCUCACUAUGGAGUCUGAUAAAACAAGUCAAGCUGGGACACCGCUAAUGCCACACAAUUCUAUUGGAUUGCCAUCUUCGGAUUUGACGCAGCUAAUCUCCGGAAUUGAUACAAUUAAUUUUCCUCCCGAAUUAUCCGAAUCGACGAAUGCACAGCUAGAAGUUGGACAAGAAGCAGUCCCGGUUACAAUUCAUCCACUCAGUCCAAACGACGACAAAUUGCAAAGUUUUAUUUCCGCAACUAAUGUCAAGGGUCAAUCUGUUACUACUAGCUCACCGAUAAAUACAAAUGUCUGGGCGGAUUCUCCGAAUUACGUGGUUGCUCAACACGGUGCUCGUCUUUCCACUCAAGAUUUGGAAAGACUACGGACGUUGAUUACCGAAUUCUGCCUGCGAAGCUUGUUGCCUUAUGUAGAAAAACAGAUUGGCCUAUUGAACGAUGUGAUUUCGAACAAGAAGGGAGUCAGUAGAUCACUAUUUAGUGCUACAAGACGGUGGUUUGGUACAAAUAAGCCUGGUGUACCAGGUUCGGCGCCUUCAAAUGCUGUAAUUUACACAGCGGAAUCUCCGGAAUUGCAAUUACGACGCUUGGGUGAUUUGUGUUUCAUGUUCGGUCACUAUUCGCUCGCUUAUCAAGCGUAUCACAGCGCGAAGCGCGAUUUCGCAGCCGAUCAAGCUUGGGUGUAUUAUGCGGGAGCCCUAGAAAUGGCUGCUCUAAGCGCCUUCAUGCAAGGCGAAACAAACAGGAAGACCAUCGAGUACAUGGACGACGCGAUAUUAACUUAUACGAAUAGCUGUAAGAUGCCUCAGUUCGCGACAAGAGCGACGCUGCUCAGCGCCGAGUGUUUGAAGGGUCGGGGGUUGUGCGGAGAAGCCGCGAAGCAACUUAUACGAAUGACAAGCGAGGACUCGGAUCUACGUUCGGCCUUGCUACUCGAGCAAGCCGCUUAUUGCUUCAUCGGGCCGAAGAUGAUGCGUAAAUACGCCUUCCAUGCGGUUCUGGCUGGACACAGAUUUUCGAAGGCCGGCCAAAGGAAACACUCCCUGAGAUGUUAUCAACAGGCGUAUCAGGUAUAUUACGAAAGAGGCUGGUCUUUGGCCGAGGAUCACAUCCAUUUUACAAUCGGCAGACAGGCUGCGUCCCUGAAACAAGUUUCCGAGGCUGUGAAGGCAUUUGAAAAGUUACUUAACGCUUCUAGUAAACAACAUGCUGUGCAACAAGCCGCGUUUUUACGAGAAUUCUUACACACUCGUAACUUAUUGUUUCAGGAAAAUGGCACUAGUUAUAAAGGAUUUCCUAUUUUGCCUUUGCCGUUGAUAGAUAGCGACAAUAUUAAAGUAUUAUACGGCCCCUUGAGUAGGCAAAGUGAAAGCAAUAUUCCGGCAAGCCACGUUACGUUUAAUACCGAGGAGACGGACGACGCAAAAUGGUCGAAAAUGGAGGAAUUAUUAAUAACCGAGGCGCAGGGAUCUCCACCUAUGAUAUUUAAGCCAACAGUCGCGCUGUAUUCUAGAAUGAGUAAUAAUGCUACAAAACCGACUGCAGUUCUAGACGAGCCAGUGCAUUACUCUAUCGAACUGCAUAAUCCGUUGCACGUCCCGCUACCGUUGUCAGACGUGACCUUACUUUGGUCGUUUACUUGUAAUAAUGAGAUUAUUACGAAUGAGAUGGAAACGAGCGACGAUUCAAAUCCGGUCGUCUUGAGCGUCAUAGACGCGAUUCUCUUACAACCGACAUGUAAACAGAACAUCGUACUGUCCCUUGUACCCAAGCGAGUAGGAGAAUUGAGGGUCUUAGGUAUAAGUUACAAACUGUCCAACUCGAUACAGGGGAUAAGUGACUCACCGGUUGCGAAUUCGGCUGUAAUUAUCGCCGGUAAAAGAUUGUUUGAGAUUACACCACCGAAAUUAAAAAAUAUCAAGGAAAAAUCAAAUACGAGCUUGUACGGAAAGGAUUAUCGACUGGAAAUGAACGUGAUAGAAAGAGCACCAUUUAUGCAGAUAUUCUUCACCAAGCUGUCACCAGAAAUGUUGUGCGGUGAGGUACAGAAGGUGGAAGUCACGUUAAAAAAUAUAGGCAACGCGCCAUUGACAAGUGUAUAUAUCGCAUCUACUGAUGCCAAGCUCUUCACGUUAGAAGAUUCGGAAAUUAAUAGGAACGAAGAUUUGACGAUGAAGAAGAGUAGUAGAUCAGUCACGAAGGUAGCAUUACCAGCCUUUAUGAAUGGUGCAUUAAACGUAGGCGAAGUUUAUAAAAUGCCACUUUGGGUACAGGCCCCGUACGAGAAGGGCACUCAUAGAUUAGAUUUACUCUUUUAUUACGAGAGCGUGGAAUCGAAAACGACGUUGAAACAUCGAUUGUGCCGACACACCUGGCAAUUGACCGUGUUAGACUCGAUACAAAUCACCGCGAUCGCCUCUAGAAGUGGAUUGUUCAAGGACGACUCGCCGACGUUGAAUCUAAUAAUGUCCGUCAAGAAUACCAAUCAAGUACACGAUCCAUCCAUAAAUGAGAUUAUGCUGUCGAAAGUGUCGCUUCACAGCGCUGGAUGGUCCGCGUUUCACUCUUCCGUUCUACCGCCAAGUAUAAAGGUGCAGCCUCAAGAAGUAUUUCAUUUGAUGUUAAAGCUGAGGAAGAAGACUGAUGGCGAAUCCAUGAUUUCCGACGUGUCCUUAACCCGCGACGAUGAAGCCGACGCCGCAUCGGUCGACGAUUAUCCGUUUGUCAAUUUUGUACAGAGACGCGAUAUCCAAUCGUUGGACGUCAACGAAAAUGCGAGCGAUGCACAACAAUUUCAACCGCAGCAGAGUGUCGAGCGCAGCUCCGUAUCGGAUAUCAUGCUGUUGAAGUCUACGUUAAUCGUCAAGUGGUGUGCCAAUGUGACGGAGAGUGGGGUAGUUACUCGGAUGGCGCUCGGGCAACAUCACCUCGAGCUGGAACAUCUGAACAAGACGUACAAACACCCGAGGGAACCGCGUACCGAACGUAAUGAAUUUGGUGCGCGCUUAAAAGUCUUUGGACCGGAUCGAAACGUACCGAAUAUGAUAACCGCUCCUGUUAAAGACCUCGUGUGGGAAGCGGAAUGCUUGAAAAGCCUAAUCUCUUACUCUCUAAGUCACGAAAGGCAGAUUACGCACAGCUUUCAGCGAGGUCGAUUGUGCAUUGUUCCUGUAAUGAUAUAUAUACAGAAUCACUCAAAGAUGCGACUCGAUGUUAAAAUAAGUACGAUAGGCACUAGCAGUGAAACUCAUCUUCCAAAUAUUAAGGCCCAACUGUAUUCGCCACAGGCUUCAACGUAUUACAAGUACGCUGGGCAUUCGUCAAUUUAUUCUAACGUUGAAGCGUGUGCAAGUAACGUCGCAAAGUUACACGCCGUAUUGCCCAGCACAGGGACGUACGAUUUAGCAGCGCGAAUAGAGAUAUCCGUUAAAGAUGUAAAUAGUAAAGAGUACGUCGCUCAAAAAGGCAAAAUGGAAAGCAUAUGUAUAAUUAACGACGGCAGUACAUAGGUACAUAUUAUUGCGAUUUUUUAGAGUCAUCACCGGAUAUGAAAAUACUAUUUUUUAGUGUAAUUCGGAAUCAUUCCUUGUCUCUCUUUCUCUCUCUUUUCAGUGUAUGUACAUGUCAUAAUGUUCCAAAUUGUUACAUUAUAUUACAAUUGAUAUUUUAAUAACGCGUCAACGUAUUUUUUACCUUGCACAUUACGUUUCAGUAUCCAUCACAUUUUCUUUUUAUACUUGAAAUAACCUUUACGUACUCCGAUGAGUACAAAUAAAAAGUAUAUACAUAAAUAAAAAGUAUAUACAGGGACCAAUAACUCUGUCCACCUGGAAUAUCUCCGUUAUUUUUAGGGAUACAAAAAUUUUGUACUUAUACAAAAAUUUUGUACUUAAAAGUUGUACGAUAGAAGGCCGGUCAAGAGGGCCUAAUAUAUUACUAAUAAUUUUUUUGUAGGUGCUUGAAGGCGUUUCAGAGAUUUCAAGGUCAUCUCCAUUU